AUGUCGAAUGAAAUUCUUAAUAAAAUCUGUUCAGGAUUACCAUUGAAUCCUUUACCACCACCAAAAAAAACUCGAAAUACAAAUUUACCACAUGCACCUGAUCGAAAACCUUCAUUAACAACUAAAGAUAGAAAGUUAGCAAUUAAAAAUGCACUUCGUUAUUUUCCUUCAAAUAUUCAACCACAAUUAAUUGAUGAAUUUAUAUAUGAAUUAGAUACUUAUGGUCAUAUAUAUAUGUAUCGAUUUCAACCUGAUAUCGAAAUGCGUGCAUAUCCAAUUGAUGAAUAUCCAUGUAAAUGUAAAGCAGCUGCAGGUAUUAUGUUAAUGAUAAUGAAUAAUUUGGAUAAAAGAGUUGCUCAAUUUCCUGAUGAAUUAGUUACAUAUGGUGGAAAUGGUCAAGUAUUUUCUAAUUGGGCUCAAUUUCUGUUCGUUAUGAAUUAUUUGAGUAUUAUGACUGAUGAACAAGUUCUUAUUAUGUAUUCAGGACAUCCAUUGGGUUUAUUUCCAACUAGAGUUGAUCGCUCACCACUUGUAGUUAUUACUAAUGGUUUGAUUACGAUUACAAAUGCAGCUCGAAAAAAAUUUGGUACAAAUGAUCUUCGUGGAAAAAUAUUUGUUUCAUCAGGUUUGGGUGGAAUGUCCGGUGCUCAACCAAAAGCAUGUCAACUACUUGGUUGUAUUGGUGUUAUUGCUGAAGUAAGCGAAGAAGCUGCAAAAAAACGAUAUGAUCAAGGUUGGUGUCAAGAAUUAAUUUAUGAUUUAAAUCAAUUAAUUGCUCGUAUUCGGGAAUGUCGAGAAAAAAAAUUAGCAACAUCUAUUGGCUUUGUUGGUAAUGUUGUUGAUGUUUGGGAACAUUUAGCAAAUGAAAAAGAAACACUUGUGGAUCUCGGUAGUGAUCAAACAUCAUGCCAUGAUCCAUAUCAAGGUGGAUAUUAUCCAGUUCAAUUGUCAUAUGACGAAGCUCAACAAUGUAUGAAAAAUGAUUCAACAAAAUUUAAAGAACUUGUUCAUGAAAGUAUUAAACGACAAAUUGCUGCUAUUGAUAAAUUAUAUGAACGUGGAAUGUAUUUUUUUGAUUAUGGUAAUGCAUUUUUACUUACAGCUAAACAUGCAGGUGCUCCGGUUGGUGGUGAUGAUGGAGAUCGAAGUAUUCGAUUUAAAUAUCCAUCAUAUGUUCAAGAUAUUAUGGGAGAUAUAUUCUCACUUGGUUUUGGACCAUUUAGAUGGGUAUGUACAUCAGGUUUGGCAAGUGAUUUACAAGAGACAGAUAAGAUUGCUCAAGAUGUUAUUAAAGAUCUUAUGUCAAAUAAAGAUAAUAUGUAUCAAAUAUAA